AUGCCGCCUCGACACCAAACUCUCCCUCCGGCGGCCACGUCCUCCGCGCGCGAAGCCCUGCAGUCCUUCUACUGUACCCUCUGCUCCAAAGGCUACUCCCGCAUGAACGACUAUGAAGCCCACCUUUCGUCAUACGACCACAGCCACAAGCAGCGCCUGAAGGACAUGAAGGCCAUGGUCCGCGACCCCAACGCCGGCGCCCGCGCCCGUCGUGCUGAAGCCAAGGCCGGUGGAAUAGUGAGCAUCAAGCUUGCCCAGAACGACGCAGCUCCCCAGCAAUUGGCGGGUGGCAAUUCUGGCGGAGGAGGGGGCUUCAAGAAGGGUGGCUUCAAAAAAUCGGGAUUCAAGUCGGCGUUCGCGCCCGCGGAUGCUCCACCUGCAGCGGCCGCUGCCUCAUCAAACCCAGCCGAGACUCCGGAGAGCGACGUCAGACGUGCUCCUCUGGACGCUUCUGCCGCACCGCUGGCCGGACUUGCUGCCGAGAGACCCGGCUUGGUCGAGAGUGAUACCGACGAUGAGGGUUACGAAUACUACGACCCACGAUACCCUACCGAUUGA